GAAGACCUGUUUGCUUAGAAGGGGCCACGCCGGGGCCGGGCACGCCCCGGGGCAGUCGAGGGCGAAGCCACUUGAGGGCGCGCCCUCCAUGGGCGGGAAGGCAGCGGGAACUCCUCCUCCUGCCCGGAGCGUCGGUGCGCGAUGGGGCUGGGAGCGGGCCGGGAGGCUUAGCCCCGCUCCGGCCCGAGCCAUGCCCGCGGGGAACGGCACGGGCACCUCCGGCCGCCCGGCGCCCGCGGCGCCCGAGCAGGAGGUGCCGGGCGAGCGGCCCCUCUUCAGCGCCGGCACCUACGAGCUGCUGGCGCUGCUGGUCGCCACCAUCGGCAUGCUGGGCUUGUGCAACAACUUGCUGGUACUGGUGCUCUACUACAAGUUCAAGCGGCUCCGCACGCCCACCAACCUCUUCCUCGUCAACAUCAGCCUCAGCGACCUGCUGGUGUCCGUCUUCGGCGUGAGUCUUACCUUUAUGUCCUGCUUGAGGAGCCGCUGGGUGUGGGACGCCGCCGGCUGCGUCUGGGACGGCUUCAGCAGCAGCCUCUUCGGAAUUGUUUCAAUUAUGACUCUCACUGCUCUUGCCUAUGAACGCUACAUUCGGGUGGUCCAUGCAAAAGUGAUUGACUUCUCUUGGUCUUGGCGGGCUAUCACGUACAUCUGGCUGUACUCACUGGCCUGGACAGGAGCACCUCUUUUGGGCUGGAACAGAUACACACUGGAAAUUCAUGGAUUAGGUUGCUCAGUGGACUGGAAGUCAAAAGACCCCAAUGAUACCUCCUUUGUGCUCCUUUUUUUCCUUGGCUGUCUAGUAGCACCUGUAGGGAUCAUGGCCUAUUGCUAUGGCCAUAUUCUGCAUGCAGUAAGAAUGCUUCGCUGUGUAGAAGAUUUCCAGACAGUUCAAGUGAUCAAACUUCUAAGAUAUGAAAAGAAGGUGGCUAAAAUGUGUUUCUUGAUGAUCUCCACAUUCCUUAUUUGUUGGAUGCCCUAUGCAGUGGUCUCCCUCUUGAUAACAUAUGGCUACAGCAACCUUGUAACUCCAACAGUAGCUAUCAUCCCAUCUUUCUUUGCCAAGUCAAGUACUGCUUAUAAUCCAGUUAUCUAUAUCUUCAUGAGUAGAAAGUUUCGACGCUGCCUUUUGCAACUCCUGUGCUUUCGCCUGAUGAGGUUCCAGAGGACAAUGAGAGAGACACCAGCAACAGGGAGUGACAAACCAAUACGACCCAUAGUUUUGUCUCAAAAAGCAGGGGACAGGCCAAAGAAGAAAGUGACUUUCAGCUCUUCCUCUGUCAUUUUUAUUAUCACCAGUGAUGAUGCUGAGCAAAUAGAGGACAGCAGUAAACACAAUGAGACAAAAGUAAAUGCCAUCCAAGUAAAGCCGUUGCAGGGAUGAGCUGAAGAGACAUGCGAAUGAGAAUUUCAGCCACUAGAUUGCUGAGGCUGGAGACUGGUUUCAGUGGCAGUGUUUGGGGGCUGCCAAAGGCAACCACAUUCUUAAGCUGUGAAAUACUGAAGGGAUUCAGCCUCAGAAGCUCUCCAAGUAGUUCACUUUUGGUCACAGUACAGAAAUCUCUGCUAAAAUUGUUGAUGGAUGUCAUUACUCUGAAUUUUCUUAAAGCAUAUUUUAUGAUUGCCAUUCAGAACUUUUGGUAUUUUAAUGUUUUCUGUAUAUUGAGCCCUCAGUGAAUAAUUAAAUGGAUCUUAUUUAUAUAAUUUUGUUUUCAGAGAAAUAUUUUUUCCCCACCAACAAGGAUGUGAUCUCAUAUUGUAGUUUGUUUGAUACAGCUUGAAGGGAAGUGGUAAGACUUGAGAAAACAAUAGUAUUUCAAUGUUUCAGUUGGCCUUAAGAUCAAGUAGAGCAUUUGGAAGGAGAAAUUACCCACUGCUCAGAUUUGUGAAAGUAAAAUUUGAGAAAUUAACAAUAAGUGUGUGAUUCUUUAUUGAUGUACAACAUAUUUCAACAUAUUUACCACACUGACAAUCAUGUAACAAUAUACAAAAACUGAACACUAGAAGUUGUUGUACAUUUCUUAUUAUAGGUGCUCUGUUUGAAGUGCAUUGAAAUGAGCUGAAACUUCAUAAAAUGAUUUUCAUUGAAAUAGCGAGAUUUCAUUUCCUUUAAUGAAAGGAAGUGAAACAAGAAAUCAGCAAAUGAAGUUAAGGGAGAAUACAAUGAAAGGAAAAAUAAGGAAGUGAAAUGAAAUUGAAAAAAAAAAUUCUUAGGAGAAGUUAAAUUUUUGGAAUGGAAUGAAGUACAUUGAAAUGAACCAAAACUUCAUGACUUCCCUGAAAUGGUGAGAUUUCAUUUCCUUUUAAAAAAUGAAGAAAUUUCAUCACAGCAGGGUACUGAGAUUGCUCAUUAUUCACUUUUGGAAUCUGGGCCAGCCACAGUGAUGGGGAUCACAGCAGCAGUGACAAGGUGCCAUUAGGGUUCAGGUUAGGGUUCAGAGAGCUGCAGAGCAUACAGCUCUGGGAAAACUGGGGCUGGAAAAGGCAUGCCAAGGCAAUCCUGGCAGGGCACCAAUAUCCUGCUCCUACAUCUUUUUAAUCUGGACCUCCCAUGGUGAUCAGAACCCCAGCCCCAGCAACAAGAUGCUAUUAUGCCUAGAGUUGGGGUUAAGAGAGAAAAAGAGCCUAGAGCUUCAGGGACACUGGGGCUGGAAAAUGCAUGACAAGAUGAUUAUGACAGGGCAAAACAUUGCUGCCUUCACACCUUGCAGAUUAGGGCCAUAAAUGGGGAUGGACAUCUCAGCUACAGCCCCAAGAUUGCUAAAAGGUUAGUGUGAAAAAAAUGAAAUUCUGAAAUGAAGUAAAAAUGGGAUGGAAUGACUGAAACUUCAUGACAUGAUACUCAUGGAAAUAGUGAGAUUUCAUUUCCUUUCAUGAAGUGAAGAAUUUUCAUUAAGAGAUUAGAAAGUGUGGAGCUGGCAAUGUGAGCACCCUGCUGUGAUGCCCUUGCAAUGCCUUUUUGAGUGUCAGUGUCCCUGGAACUGUAGGCUGAAUUAACAGCCUUAAACUAAGUUUUUUGAAGUGUUGGUGGUAGCUUUUUCUUGUAGCCUGUCACGGGCUUUGUAAGUGUGGCUCUGUGAAGUUAGUGUGCUGCAGUCCUAUUUGCUCAUCUUUUAAAUAUAACUUUCCUGUACUUACUGCAGCACUGAUUCAAAAAUCACACCCUGCUACAGAAUUUAAGUGUUGUAACUGCCAGUCUUUUGAGUAGCAUCAGGUUAUUCACAGUUUCAUCAUCUUUUUAAAAAAUUAAAAAUCCAUAUUUGGUUUAUUCUGGUGUUGUCACAACAGGAAAAUUUAAAUAGUGUGAAAAGAAAGACUGAUGCUGGAACCUUUCUCUCCUAUUACAGGCAAUGGACAAUGCUUAGAAUUAGCAUUUGAACAAUUAGUUGUUUAUUGAGUAACAGAACUGCAGACCAAGAAAUAGUAGAAGGAGAAAGUGGGAAGGACAAAGGGAUAAGCAGGGUAUAUAAUUAAUGAAGAUUUAAAAUAAACUAGUUGGUAAGAGCGUUCAUGAUCCUGUCAUGCAAAGGGAAAUUAUGGGUGUGGUGAGUACCAUGAUAACCUCAGAGCCAAUUAAUUUCUCUUAAGGAUGUUUUGUUGAUUUUGUGCAUUAAUAGAAAAAAAUAUAUAAUGAUUUAGCUAAAAUGCCAUUUUUAAUCUGCAAAUGCAGAAGCCUCAGUUUACUUGUUGCCUCCCAGCACCUGGUGUGUCAGGACAGCUGGGAGGCAUUUCAGCAUCUCCUUCAUGCUGGGGAAGGGGUCCCCUCUCACCCUAUGUUUUGAGGCUGUCAUGAAUCCUGUGAAGCCGUGCCCAUGGACUUACCUGGGGCUUCUGUUGCUGUGCUGGAUCCCAUGGAGGCAAGAAACUGUUGGAUGGCAACAGAUCUGCUCCACAACUGUGUGACCUGCUUCCUUUUUCAGCUCCUGGAAGAAACUAGAUUUGUGCUGAAUGUAUCUAACUUCAUGCAGAAGAGUUGGGCCUUAUACUAUUGACUUUUUUUUUUAUCACAGUGAUUACAUCAGUCAGGAGAUCAGUAUUCACAAGGACACCCUUUUUGCUUGUGCUCUGCAUAACAUUGCUCUCCUGCUGCUGUUUCUUGCUAGAAUACUGCAUCAGCUAAGUGAAAUGGAUAUGCAACCACUAUACUGUGCUAAACCACCCAGAAAGAGCAGCUUUUAAGAAUACAUUUAUUCUUGGCUUAUAUAAACAACCUUCAGCUCAAGAACAGAAUUUGCCUGUCUAAUAUCCAGAGGUGAGAGAUGAGAAAAAUCUGGCUAUGGUGGUGGAAGAUUUCGCAAGCUCAUAUUUGACGUACAUGCAAACAUCUCAGUUUGAAAAUAUCUGUAUUCAGGUAUUUUGUCAGUCUAUGUCACCACAGUUAAGGAGCGUUGUCGUUUCUCAUGAAGGAAAAAAGGAGGAGGAUGAGGCUGGAACUGUCCCAGAGGAUGGGAAUGCCCGUUCCUGCUGCUACUUAGGAUUGGCAGUAGGUAGCCCCUUGGGGUUAGCCUGGUACUUGCGCAUGCCCCCUCCCUUUCUGUGGCAGCAAAGCUGGGAAGACAAGCAGGAGGGAGAAGCCCACACCUGAUCUCCAUUUUCUUCUGCUGCAGGCAAGUGCUGCAGCCUUUGGAUUCCACUUGCCAGGUGCCCAAGGUUGCCUUGCCUGCUGCUUUGACCUCACUCUGUAUUCCAUCUAUCCACCUCAAACAUAAAGAAUGCUCUUUCUUGCUCUCCUCAGACCAGAUUUAUAUAAAAUAAAAACUUGUAACAUGUUAAAUCUGAAGAAGAAAUUAAAUUAGUAUUUGGUACAUAUGAGAAGGCAUGUUAUUAGCACCAGACUUGGCAUAAAGCAGGAAAGGGAAUGAAAUAUUGUGAUUUCAAUGAGGGUCAAUUGGGCAAGCUUCGGGCCAUAUUCCUGCACUUCAGGUCAUCCCACUGGCUUUUCUUGUUUUCACCUCCUAUUUUUUUUUUUUUUUUCAAUUUCAAUUCUUCUGUUUCUCUGCUCUCUCUUUGUUUCACUUUCUUUCCUGAUUUUGGGGAUUUCAAAGUGAAUAAUGUGGGUAAGAUUUGGUCCUUUUCCCUUCACCACAUUUCAACUCAGUACAAUUGGAUGUAGUUACUAAAUUUCAAAUUUUUGUGAUUUUUCAAUUUCAUUUUUGAUUGACCAUAUCUCCUUUCUGGAGUGUUUGUUCAACUCUGUCCUCUGAUUUCAAGAUUUCAUUCUCUUUCUUGAAAGGAAGAAUCUCUAAGACAAUGAACAGUAAUAGAAAUUACAUUGAAGUUUUGAAGUAUCAUAAAACUUGAUAACCAUGUCUUCCUUUCUUUUUCUAUGUAUUUCUUUUUAUUAGAAAUAGAAUUUUCAGUGUAACUAAAUGUUGUUUUUCUGAGUGUCAUCCCUUCCCUAUUCUUAUUUUUUCUGUGUAUAUUUUUAACCAGUUUUUAUAUUCUUUCAUCAAUAUUUUGUUCUUUUAUGAAAGAAGGCCUCAUAUGUGUGGACUCUGCUAAGUAAAGAGGGAAGCAUAACAUA